AUGGACAAUCUAGAGCAUGAUUGGAUGUACAAAAGAUUGGAUAACCGAGGGGGUAUUAAUUCAAGAUUCAUAACUGGUGUGAACAAGUUUCUCCAAUUUGCUUGUUCUCGGCGUAAUCACAUCAGUGGUGACAAUGUUAGAUGUCCAUGUAAAAAAUAUCACAACAUUAAAUACAUGGAUGUUGAAACUGUUAAAUUUCACCUUUAUCAGUAUGGAUCUGUUGAGAACUAUUUUCUUUGGAAGUAUCAAGGAGAAAAAAAUGUGACCGGUGAGAUGUCUUCUAGUGGUGAUUUCCAUGGUGUCGCCCAACCUGGAUCGGGAUAUGAGAAUCCAUAUCGACAAAUGGUCUUGGAUGCAACUGCACUCAAUUUUGGCCAUGGUUUGAGCUGGCUGUCUUAUAAUAAUACGAAACCCGAGUCGUCUCAUUCUUAUGAACCUUUAAUGGAGGCGGAGCCUAAUCCUUCAAUGGAGGAGGAGCCUCAUCCUUCAAUGGAGGAGGAGCCAAAUCUUGAGUGUCAAAGGUUUUAUGAUUUGCUACAGGCCGCGGAUGUAAAAUUAUACCCUGGUUCUUCCAUCUCUCAACUCGCAGUAGUUUCUAGGAUGCUAAAUAUUAAAAUGGAGAAUACUUUAUCACAAAGAGGUUAUAACCAAAUGAUUCAAUUGUUGAAAGAGGCUUUACCAGAAGAUAACAUAAUGCUUAAUAACUAUUACGAGACCAAGAAGCUAGUGCGUAGCUUGGGUUUGCCAGUUGAAAAGAUUGAUUGUUGUAAUUAUGGAUGUAUAUUGUAUUGGGGUGAAGAUAAGGACCUCAUACCUUGCAAGUUUUGUGGCCACCAGAGGUAUAAACGUCUUGUCGGUUCUCGUAAGAGGAAAUUAAUCCCUUACAAAAAAAUGUAUUAUUUCCCUUUGAUACCUAGAUUGCGGAGAUUAUAUGCAUCUCAUGCUACAGCCGCUGAUAUGAGAUGGCAUCAUGAGCACAUACAAGAGGAGGGCGUAAUGUGUCAUCCAUCAGAAUUUAAGGCUUGGAAGCACUUCAACGAAACUCAUCCCUUUUUUGUUGCUAAACUAGGAAGUGUGAGGUGGGGAUUAUAUACUGAUGGUUUUCAGCCCUUGGUCAUUCAGGGAGGAAAUACUCUUCAUGGCCAGUGA